CGAAACGCAAAACACACAAUGUCAACCGAUGUGGAUAGUCUGAGGCGAAGGUCCGCGGUUGAUAGCUCAGAUCACCCGUGGGACCAUGAGCACAGAAAUCUGCGCCGUAGCUCGCUGUGUGACAGAAUAUGUGUGGCCAGCAUUCACCCUGAGAUGGUCGAUACUCCUUCACCCUGUGGCUCACACCUCGUCAUUCACCACACGCCAAAAUGCCUCUCUGCUCAAGGACUCUCCGGACACUCGCGGUGCACUGAGGACCCCUGGCAGGAAGCGAGUCUGAGGACCACCAUCCACGCCGAGAACGAAGUGGAGGCACACAAACUGGUCAAUAACUACAUGUUUGGUUUCAGAAAAUGGAAGAGUCACGUUACCGAGCGUCCGAUCGAGGACCGAUCAGACCAGGUGAAGGAAUUGUACUCUGAGCAGAUUUUCAUCAAACCCUAUAAAGGCUCGCUGAUCAGCAUCGGCAACAUCACCUAUGUGCUUUUGUUCGGCUGGUGGCUCUCUUUAGCUCAUUUCCUUAUUAGCUUUCUGAUGUUUUGCACAAUGAUUGGGAUUCCACAUGGGAAACUCUGUUUCAAGUUAUCAGGUUAUUUAUUGUGGCCCUUCGGGAAAUCAUUACAAAAGGCUAGCAGUCUUUUACAGAAAUUCCCUGUUAAAGUCCCCCAAUGCGGCGCCAUUCCAGAGGAAACGGGUGACGUGAAGGAAUCCUUGGACAAAGUGAAGGAGACCACGCCACUGAUGAGUUCCCAACCCCUCACGCUUAAAGUCCCCACUCUUACUUCUCCUCCCCUUUAUCGCCAUCAAAAGCGAUCUCACUGGUGGUGUUUAAGCACGUAUGUCUGGCUCCUGCUUGGUUACAUUCCUCUCGCUGUAAUCCACUCCCUGGCCUGCUUCCUCGCCUGGAUGUUGGUCUUCACCAUCCCUGUUGCCAAAAUGAACGGCAGGAUCCUCAGCAUCAUCCUCUUCCUGUCACCUGACGAGAUUCAGGUUCUGCCGGUGAAGAACCCUCCAAGUUAUGAAUCGAGGGUUCUCCUGUGCUGUUACCGAGCCUUUAACUGGUACUACUACAAAUACACAGUAGAAGGCAUCAACGUCUUCGCUGUCAACCUGCUGUCGCUUGUUAUCACUGCUCUGGUGAUGGGAUAUGUGGACCAUGAGAACGCUUUUGUCGGCUCCGAGGUAAAGUUUGCCACAGCUAUGACCGCGAUCAUCCCCCUGUCUUACUACAUCGGCAUGGGUAUAGCCAGUAUCUCGGCUCAGAGCAACUUCGCAGUGGGAGCUGUAGUGAACGCCACGUUCGGCUCUAUCACAGAGAUGACCUUCUACAUCACUGCCCUGCUGCAGGGUCAUCGCCUCGGCAACAAAUGUUACGAAGAGCUCGUUAAAUCUGCGCUCACUGGCACCCUGCUCGGUUGCAUCCUCUUUGUUCCGGGUUUGUGUAUGAUCAUCGGAGGCUGCAAGCACCGCGAGCAGAGGUUCAACAGCCGAUCGGCUGGCGUCAGCUCGGCCCUGCUUUUUAUUUCAGUCGGAGGUGUGUUUUCUCCAACACUGUUCUCUAAGGCGUACGGGACCCUGGUGUGUAACAGCUGCAGUAAACCUCCUGGUAACAUCACCCGACCCUUCGUCUGCACGGGCUGCCACUACGAUCUGAGUGAGAACAACCGCUCCCUUUUCCUGAGCCAUAUUGAGCCUCUGGUGUAUACGGUCUCUGUGCUUCUCCCUGCUGCGUAUUUCAUCGGAUUGAUUUUCACACUCAAGACGCACACGCACAUUUAUGACAUCCACAUUAGUGGUGCGCACUGUCACGUGGUAAGUGGCCAUGUGGUGAGCUGGUCCAGAUGGAGGGCUUUGGUGGUCCUGAUCGUGGCCACAAUCCUGAUAGCAGCCUGCGCAGACCUCACCACCGAGCACAUCAAACCCAUCAUCUCUCACUCCAGCGUCUCGCAGUACUUUAUCGGUGUUACCGUGCUGGCGCUGAUUCCUGAGCUUCCCGAGCUAGUUAACGGGAUCCAGUUCGCCCUGCAGAAUAACAUUAGUUUAAGCCUGGAAGUUGGAAACUGUAUCGCUGUGCAGGUCUGCAUGCUUCAGAUUCCACUACUGAUCUUGUUCAAUGCUAUUUAUGAUGUUGGAUUCGCUCUGAUAUUCAGCGACUUGCACCUGUGGGCGAGCAUCUUCAGUGUCAUCCUGGUCAAUUACAUCUUCAUGGAUGGAAAGUGUGAUUAUUUUCAGGGAACGGCUCUGGUGGUCGUCUACCUCAUCCUGCUGGCGCUGUACUUCUUCGCUCCGUCUCCCGUUGGCUGCUGAUCAUCCGGAGCGUUCUCACUGCAUUGGAGUUUUCUCUCGUUUUACAGAAGUGGUGUUUCUUUGUCUUUACUCUAGUGUAUCUCUUUACUUCAGGGGAUAUUUCGGGUGACUCUUCUCUUUGUGGAAACACUUGAUUGUUUUCUUUGAAUGUAUUGUGUGUGGGUGUGCACAUUGGAGAUUUAUAACGGAUUAUGUCUGGGGGGCCAGUGAGGGAAGAAUACGAUCUCACCUUUAGCAAUGUCUUACGCAUUUAAGAUUAUAUAUUGUGCCAAUAAAUGUUAAAAGAAAACUGUUAUACUUAAAACAUUCAUUAAA